UCUUAGUUGGAAAUAUGUAUUAUAGAUUACUGUACAAGGAAGUUUAAUGCUACCAACAGAAACAAUGCUCUUUAUCUGAUUGCGAACAUCCUCUACACAUUUUGUUUGAAAUUCCUGGGAUCUGCUUGAACAAAUCAUGGAACACUCACUCAACACCGCAACCAGCAGCAGUAGCGUAUUAAAAAGGACCAUUUUGUAUUUGAUCCUGAUAUCUCUGGCUGCACUUGUUUACUGUGAUGAUGACUACUAUGAUUUACUCGGCGUAUCAAAAGCAGCAACCAACAGAGAAAUAAGACAGGCCUUUAAGAAGUUGGCUCUAAAAUUACAUCCUGAUAAAAAUAAGGAUCCAGACGCACAUAAUAAGUUUUUAAAAAUAAACCGAGCAUAUGAAGUUCUCAAAGACGAAGAUCUCCGAAAGAAGUAUGAUAAAUAUGGGGAAAAGGGCCUGGAUGAACAAAAUCAAGGAGGAGGAUAUCAGAGCUGGAGUUACUAUCGCUAUGAUUUUGGUAUUUAUGAUGAUGACCUGGAAAUUAUCACUUUGGAUAGAGGAGAGUUUGAUGGUGCAGUCAAUUCAGGAGAGUUGUGGUUCAUCAAUUUCUAUUCACCUGGAUGUUCACAUUGUCAUGAUCUGGCACCAACGUGGCGACAGUUUGCCAAAGAAAUGGAUGGACUCCUUCGAAUAGGAGCAGUAAACUGCGGUGAUAACAGAAUGCUCUGUAGAAGCCAAGGAAUUAACAGCUACCCAAAUCUUUACAUUUUCAAAAGUGGAAUGAAUCCAGUUAAGUACUAUGGAGAGCGUUCCAAAGAAAGACUGGUUAAUUUUGCUAUGCCGUAUAUAUCCAGUACUGUAACAGAGUUAUGGGCAGGAAACUUUAGAAGUUCUAUAGAGGAUGCCUUCUCUUCUGGUGUUGGCUGGCUAAUCACUUUCUGUAGUGAUACAGGAGAUUGCCUAAAUUCACAAACAAGGUCAAAGCUUGCAGGAUUGCUGGAAGGUCUUGUUAAAGUGGGAUGGAUGGACUGUGCUACCCAGGGUGAUCUCUGUGACAAUUUAGAAAUUACUUCUAGUGCUACAGUUUACUUCCCACCUGGUUCCACAUUAACAGACAAGGAGAAUGGUGAUGUCUUGUUUCUUAAUUCUUUAGAUGCAAGAGAGAUCUAUAAAGAAGUGCUUAAUCACCUCCCUGAUUUGGAAACUAUUUCUCCAGAAUCUUUACAGGGCAAGUUAUCCCAUCAUCGCUGGCUUCUUUUCUUUACGUUUGGAACAGAUGAACAAUCUAGUCUUCCAGAGUUCAAGAAGCUGACAGUACACCUCCGUAGUGAACAUGUCCAGGUUGGCAAGUUUGAUUGUUAUUCUAGCCCUUCAAUCUGCAGUGAGCUUUAUAUUCAUAAGCCAUGUGUCGCAGCAUUUAAAGGGAAAGGCAUCAGCGCUUAUGAAAUACACCAUGGGAAAGUGCAGCUUUAUGAUUUGGUUUCUUUUGCCAAAGAAAGUGUCAAUUCCCAUGUCAUUACACUGGGACCCACAAAUUUUCCCGGGAAAGACAGAGAUACUUGGCUUGUUGACUUCUUCGCUCCUUGGUGCCCUCCAUGCCGUGCUUUACUGCCAGAACUCCGGAUUGCAUCUAAACGCCUUUUUGGUCAGAUAAAGUUUGGGACUUUGGACUGUACCAUCCAUGAAGGACUCUGCAAUAUGCACAAUAUUAGAGCUUAUCCCACAACAGUAGUGUUUAACCAUUCCAACAUCCAUGAAUAUGCAGGACAUAAUAAUGCUGAAGAGAUUCUGGAGUUUAUAGAGGACCUUCGUAAUCCUUCAGUUGUGACUCUCACACCCGAAACUUUUCAAUCACUGGUAAGGAAUCGGAGAGGUGAUGAGAUGUGGAUGGUGGAUUUCUAUGCUCCAUGGUGUGGGCCAUGCCAAGCACUAAUGCCAGAGUGGAAACGCAUGGCAAGGCAUAUAAAUGGCCUCAUCAGUGUUGGAAGUAUUGAUUGCCAGAAGUACAGCUUAUUCUGCACCCAGGAACGUGUAAAUGGCUAUCCAGAGAUUCGACUUUAUCCUGCAAAUAUAAAUCCCCAACAUACCUACUAUCGGUAUACUGGCUGGCACAGAGAUUCACAGUCGCUUAGAAAUUGGGCACUUAUGUAUUUGCCUAAAGCAUCUUUUGACCUAACACCAGAAAGCUUUCAUGAACAUGUGAUCAAUGGAAAAGAUAACUGGGUCCUAGAUUUCUAUGCCCCUUGGUGUGGCCCAUGCCAGAACUUUAAUCCAGAAUUUGAAAUCUUAGCAAGAGCUGUUAAAGGUAAAAUUAAGGCUGGAAAAGUGAACUGUCAGGCCUAUGAGCACCUCUGCAAUUCUGCAUCCAUCAGAUCUUAUCCAACUGUUAGGCUGUACCCUUACAAUGGAUCCAAAAAGAAAGAUUAUUUUGGGGAACAAAUAGACUCCAGGGAUGCAAAAGAAAUAGCCCAAAUCAUAACCAAAAGAAUAGAAGCAAUUAAACGAGUGAAGGAAGCAUACAAUAAGGAUGAAUUGUGAUGAACACUAAUGUUGAAGGUAUUUUAGAUUGGACUUUAUUGAUGAAAUUCUGUGGAUCAUUUAUGAAGAGAUUACUAUAGAGAUUAAUGGACAUGCUUGCUGUCUGAGUGCAGCACGAGAAGGAAACGGCUGCUGAAGGGAAGACUUCUUGCCUCUUCCUUUAUUCAACAUCAAAUCACUCAAACUGGGUUUCUCCUCUUCCAUUUUGGAUCUUUUUUCAGAUUUUACAUACAUGUCAUAAUGCUAAACUCAAGUGCAAUUCACCUUCUCACCAACCUGGAAGCACUGUGGCACUAGAGAUAAUAGUAACUCUUCUGUUGAUCUAGAUGCAACUUACUUUGGAAUCCAGCUCUUGGACAUCGAGCAUGUUCUGGUGGAAGGUUAACUCUUAAAGGGAAGUUUAUAGUCUUUAUCUUUUAUCUGUUUAGUUUUUUUUGUGUUUUUUUUUUAUAUUCUGACUGCUUUGCGAACCUAUGGUGGACCACUGACUAGAGGAGAAAGAGAAUGCGACCAUACUAUAGGGACGUAUUUUGGCAUUUGGAUCCUGAUAAAUAACAGGUUGGAGUAGGGUGGAAAAUACAAUUAAUUUUCAUUCUGACAUCAAGAAAUUAGCAUGUUCCAGUGCAGAAAUUGUUAAAUAUGGGAUCCCAGAUAGAUUUUUUCCAUUUAGCAUGGAUAAUGCUUGUUAAAAAUUGUGCUUCAUAAAUCUGCCCCUUAGUUACAUUACAUCAUUCUCCAGUCCUCAUGCUUUGUACUUGGUGGAAAUGCUGUUAUGGGGGAUAUCCUGAUGGAGGUCAUUGUUUGGCGAUAGCUAUCCUUCCUUACCUUAGUCUUAUGGUGCUCUUCAUUGUGCCUUUACUGAAGAGCCAGAGGACUGAUCACUGCUGUUACUGUCUGCUUGGCUGUGAGAUUCUGUCAAUUAAAUCACAUAUGAUACCGGCCAAUCAAGAAAGACCUUUUGCUGAAAUGGAGAACUGUUCUUUUAUAUUUAUUCAUAAAUCAUAUGACUGCCGUCAACAGUGGAAAUUGUGAUUGUAGAAGUGGUGCAUCUAUUAGGGCCAUUGAGUUUGAUGUUAUCCAACCACACUUUUAUAAAAACUUAAUGUAAUUCUGCUAGUAAACUACCCAAUAGCCUCUAAGCUGGGAGAUGAUCUAGGUCUCCUUACUUUCACAUAUGCCAGUCCAACACAAAGGGCCAUGGCAAAUGGGACUGUCUGUUUGAUGAAACAUGGUAGGAUCUUACCCCCCCCCCACAUGCCCAAACGGUGAGGCAAUAGUAAAAUCAGCCUGAUACAUGUACAAUAAUAGUGAGUAUAUGAAGUCAAAAAAGUUCAAAGUAGUAUAAUGUUUUACUUGCACAAAUGCCACCUUUUCCGAUAUUUGCCCCCUCACAUGAGAUUUUUAAGCAAUUAUUUCUGAUACUCUGCCUUUUAAAGCAAGAUUUAUUGGUGGUCUUCUAUUAAAGUCUUUACUAGAUUAUUUCUGUAGCCCUUGUGUUUUUGAACAGUACUGUAAGGAAUGAAACCUGGGUAGGUAUUUAUGACUGGCGAGCCCCUCUGACCUCCUGGGUAUCAGGAACUUGUCCUGUUUAUAUGGUGGUACAUAGAUGCUGUUGUAUUGUUCUAAUCACAAUGAACUAUUUUUAAUAUGUAAAUACUUUUUGCUUUUAUUACAGCUUAUGUCAUCUGCACUCUCAGACCCACCCCAGUGAGCUUUGGUCAGUUGGGGGAGACUGUUCCCUGUAUACAGCAAAGUGGCUUCAAGGUAGUAAGGGCUCUAGCAAUGGGUUAUUGUGAUGGGCAUUCUCAGAGCAGAUGUAUGAAUUAGUCCUUUAACAUAUAGGGACAAAUCCUUUGCGUUCUAUAAGAUGACAAGUGUACAUUUCAUAGGAAAAGGUGGAAUUUUGCAAAUGCAAAUGAAGUGCUUGAUCACCUUAGUAUUUUUGAUUCUGAAUUCCAAGUAUAAAAUACUCUACACCAAGCACCUUGGAUGAGGCUUUUUAAAGGAAUAUGCCUUUGUGCCAAAACUGCUGAUUUCACAUCAAGACCAUUUUGCACAUUUUCUUUCUUGCACAUGUUCUACCUUAGUAGUAUUCUCUUCUAUCUUAUAGCUACCCCGGAUGAUUUCCCUGGGUUACAUUUGCUUUUCCUUUUCCUUUUUUUCGGUUACUGUAACAUCAGGCUCAUUUAUAAACACUGGGCAAAUUUGCACCUGGGCAGUAACCCAUAGCAACCAUCAGUGGCUGGCUUUUUUUCAGCCACCUAUAGUUGGAACAAUGGAAGCAAACCUUGGUUGCCAUGCCCAGUUGCAAAUUUGCCCAUUGUUAAUAAAUGAUCCCUACUGCCACAGCAUUGGAUGAGGAUGCCAUUCUGCUAGACAAGCAUGGAGCCUGCUUUGAUGGUCAGUCAGGGUGAUAUUUAGAGGCCCUUUUAUUCAUUUUUUUCCCCCCAGGUACCCCCUGCCUUGGUUCAGACUUGGUGCAUAUGCAGUAAAGAAAUCUGGUCCCUCCCAGUGAUUGUUUGUUUCCUUCUCCUUUAAACAUUCAGGAGCUUUUCAGCGGUGCAUUUAUUCCCCCCCCCCCAUGUAAUUUGUUUCAUGUUUGUACGAUUACACCAGGAACACUUUAUAAAGUUGAGUUCAUGUCGUGUCGCUGCUAGAUUUCAAUAAUCAUUUUUUAUUUUUAUGGGAUUUUGAAGACUUGGUGUAAUGAUUAUUACCUCUCUCCCAUGUAUAUAUGCAUUGCUUCACGUUUCUCGCUGUUUCUGUUCUGCCUUCAAACGAAGUUAAGUGUUAAUUAACUUGGGUUUGUUUUCAUGAUACACUUAACUAAUACAGCUAUAAUCCUCUGUUAUAUUGUUACUAGUCUUUUGGUUUUAUUUUAAUCAUUUUGUGGCUAAAAGAAAACAAACCCCCUCACUUCACAGCGAGUAUUUCUGGCCAUUCCUCCAAAUCCUCCCUGUUUCCUUUGCCUGUUAAAAAAACUAGAGUAGCGCCAUGUUGUAGCCCUGAACCCUUAUCUGUAACCAACAUUGUGCAUCUGUAGUUGAAGCUGUUCCAGACUUGAGUUGACCUGAGCACGCUCCACCUCUGAAAUGACUUCUGAGUGAAGAUGUAGCUCUGAUGAGAGAAGGAAGGGCUGGCCAGAAAUACUAUUCAUGUGAGGGUUUGUUCUUCUUUAAGUUGGCAGAUAUAGAAAAACUGGCAAUAGCUGGGUACCUGGGAACUUGCCAAAUUGAUGAAAUUUGUUAGCUAUACUUUAGAAUGUUCUUGUUCUGAGAUUGUCCAAAACCAGCAACAUGACUGAUCACUAGGAGUUAAAGUGAAAACCGGCAAAUGAAUAUUGUAUGUUGAAUUUAGUCUACAGGCCUAGAGGUUCAGCAAUGAUCCAGGCCUUCCACAGCAGCCCUAUCUUGUGUCAUAUUGGACUAGCUUUUGAGUGUCGAUGGCACUGCACAUGCUCAGUGUGCUCUGGGCAGCUGUGGAGAAGCUAAGCUUAGGAAGUUAUCAAGAAGAAAACUGAUGGAACGGGGCUGGUGUUCCAUUUUGAUGCAGAAUGCACUGGUUUCUAAUUACUAUGAUUUACUAUCUUGUAUUGAGACAUUUAUAUUCUAUAUACACAUUGUAUUGUGAGUCAGCUCAGUAAGUGACAGCAGCACAGCGCAUGUGCAGGGAAUCAGCAGAAAAGAAGAUGGGGAGCUACUAGGGCAUCUUUGGAGACACAGAUCUUCCCUAAUAAAGGAAUGUGGUGUAUUGGGCUGGUACAGAAGCUUAAAUGUAAUGCAUUAUUUCUGCCCUAUUUCUUUGUUCAGCUUUAGUUCUCCUUCAAAUGGGCCCCCUUGUGUUUAUUUCCCCUUGCAGUCGUAAUAUAAAGCAUGACUUUAUCUACUUAAUUACUGUAGGUUGUAUCACUACCUAUAUAUUUUAUUAUAAGUAGUGCUGUUGGACUUAAAACAGCUGAUUUAAAGACGUAGGCGUUUCUAGGAACUGCUUAAUAUAAAGGGAUAUGGAUAUAUUCAAAUUUACAUUUAGUAUGGCUUUUUUUUUUUUUUGCUUUUUUUUGCUCUACAAAUUUUUUAAGUACAUAAAAUGACAUUUUAAAACUCCUGUGGAGUUGCUUCCCUGCAUUAAACAUUUUCUCCUCUGUGUCUGGAAGCUGGAAUAGCAUUUAAAAAAGAAACUUCAUAGAGAGACAGUGUAAAACCGUCAAAUAUGGAUUAAAAAUGGUCACUGUUUAUUUACAAUGAAUCAAUAAACUGAUGUUAGAGCAAGAAAGUCUCUAUUAUAUGGAAAUGUUGUGAUAUGGUCACCUUGCGACUUAAUGUCUUGAUUAGAAGUUGAAAAGGGCGUUCAUGUUUUAAAUGUUACAUAAAAACGCGUUCAAUUCGUUCUGUUAUAUUGUUUUUUUCUAUUUUGACAAAAUCUGUUUUGAAGAGUGUUUUUAAUAAAAUUGUAAAUAUUUCAAAAA